UUACGACGGUAACGUGACUGCGUGACGCUGGUUCGUGGCCUCAGUUCACACGUGGCGCUCGCCGAGGAAGGUUGCUGGCGCUUGGUUCUCUGCCGCCGCGGUUUCCGCAGCCAGCAUGAAGCGGCCCAAGUUAAAGAAAGCAAGUAAACGUAUGACCUGUCACAAGCGGUAUAAAAUCCAGAAAAAGAUUCGAGAACACCACCGAAAAUUGAGAAAAGAAGCUAAAAAACAAGGUCGCAAGAAGCCAAGGAAAGACCCAGGAGUUCCAAACAGUGCUCCCUUUAAGGAGGCCGUUCUGCGGGAAGCCGAACUAAGAAAACAACGGCUGGAAGAACUAAAACAGCAGCAGAAACUUGACAGGCAGAAGGAGCAGGAGAAGAAAAGAAAACUUGGAAGCAACCCUAGUGCUAGGCCAUCUGAUGGGGAACCUGGCAAGGAGGCACUUGGACAAUGCACAGCUAAGAACAGAGCCAAGUCACGCAAGCAAAAUCCAAAGAAGUUACAUUGUCAGGAGCUUAAAAAGGUGAUCGCCGCCUCAGACGUCGUGCUGGAGGUGCUGGACGCCAGGGAUCCUCUCGGGUGCAGGUGUCCUCAGGUCGAAGAGGCCAUUGUCCAGAGCCAACAGAAGAGGCUGGUGCUCGUGUUAAAUAAGUCAGAUCUGGUACCAAAGGAGAAUCUGGAGAGCUGGCUGAACUAUUUGAAGCAAGAAUUGCCAACGGUGGUGUUCAGAGCCUCAACAAGUCUGAAGAACAAAGGGAAGAUAAGCGAGGUGAAGAAGAAAGCUCCUCUGUUAAAAAAUACAAUCUGCUUUGGGAAAGAUGGCCUUUGGAAACUUCUUGACGAUUUUCAGAAAACUCAAGGCAAAGCUAUUCAGGUUGGAGUAAUUGGUUUCCCAAAUGUGGGGAAAAGCAGCAUCAUUAACAGCUUAAAAGAAGAACAAGUGUGUAAUGUUGGUGUAUCCAUGGGACUUACAAGGACCAUGCAGGUUGUCCCCUUAGACAAACAGGUGACAAUCAUAGACAGUCCAAGCCUCAUUGUGUCUCCACUUAACUCCUCCGCUGCCCUUGCUCUGCGAACUCCAGCAAGUAUCGAAGCCGUGAAGCCACUGGAGGCUGCCAGUGCCAUUCUGUCCCAGGCCGACAAGCGACAGGUAGUAUUGAAAUACACUGUCCCAGACUACAAGACUCCUGUGGAAUUUUUCACUCUGCUUGCUCAGAGAAGAGGUCUACACCAGAAGGGUGGGAGUCCAAAUGUUGAAGGUGCUGCCAGACUGCUGUGGUCUGAGUGGACAGGUGCCUCAUUUGGGUACCAUUGCCAACCCCCUGCAUCCUGGACUCCUCCUCCCUAUUUUAAUGAGAGCACUGUGGCAGACAUGAAGAGGGGCUUUGAUCUGGAAGAACUGGAGAGGAACAACGCACACAGUAUACAAGCCAUCAGGGGCCCUCGCUUAGCCAGUAGCGUCCUUUUCCAGUCUCCAUGUAUGACAAAUGGAAUAUUAGAGGAAAAAGUAUUUGAAGAAUCAGCAAAACAUAGCGGGAGGAAGCAGGAGAAGAUGGAGGAUGAAGGCAUGGACAGUGACCAAGAAAGUGUUGAUGGUAACAUGAAUGAAAAGCCCUCAGACUUGUCCCCUCCAGAAGAAAUCCUGGAGUCACUGCCUGAUGAGGCCACAGCAGGUGAACAGUCUGCACAAUCAUCUAUCUUGGAUAAGACUGAAGAGGAUGAUGCUUAUGACUUCAGUACAGAUUACGUGUAACAGCCUUGUGGUUUUGUUUUUUAUAAGGGGUUUUCUGUGUGUAUAAUAUACCAGUUAUAGCACUGUACAUUUUGUGAAUAUGUAUCAUGAUGUAAUCAUUAAACUGUUUACCCACA